AGCCUAGCCUAGCUGAGAUGGAAAGCAUAGAUCUGACGGACUUGGGGCCUCCAUACACGACCGUAAUUCUUAGCGAAUUGCUCAAUACAUUCGGCCGUCCUGGUGAGUGCAGCGCAGACAACGAAGUCGCUGCCGACAACGAUGCCUCUUCGUUCCUCCCGCUCUUGGAUGAAGUUUUGAAACGGCGCGAGAACGCCCUCUCUCGGGACCCGCCUGAGGCUCCUCGGCUUUCCACUUCGGUCAAUAUCGGGCAAUACGCGCGACCUAAACGCUUGCCGUUCGAUUUAUGGGCUCUACCUAGAGGGUGACGAAGAGAUAAGCCUCGAUUAUCUCGGUCCCUAACUUCCGAGGUGGCUACGAUUCAGAGUCGGGCAGCGUCGAGCCUACGGACGACCCUCAGGAAAAGGAGAGCCAAGCUGAACGGAGCAUCUACCAUGACGGCGAGGAAGUGUACGUACAGACACGUCACCUUGAACACGGCCCAGAGAAUGACCAAACGACUGAGACUAAUCCGUUCCCCGAAAAUGUAGAGAUCUGCAGUAGGCCGAGCACUGCAGUAAGGAAUGAAGACAGCAGCGACGGCGCGCCGUCACGUGUUCACGCUUCGCUUGUCGCAGGCGCCCGUGAGCACAUCGCUGUUCAAGAAAAAUGUGCAGACGCGUGCUCCGCUGAAGCGAUCUCUCCAGCUACUCGAACGACAGCUGACAUUUUUAUUCUUGAGGUAAACGGGCAAGCUGACGUUCCGCGGGUGCGCAGCGCAAUCGCCUCUUUAUGUCCGAAAGCUCGCAACACUUCAGCAGAGGCCACAGGCGCAGAGAAACCGAAUUUAUCGGUAUACGAAUUGGAAAACAAGCUAGUGAGUGCGGAUGAACGUGAGGCCGCUUCCGCUACGGAAAAUAAAUCUCAGGACGACGAAACACGACACAGUAAGCUUGGAAACGAGAAAUUCAUCGAUGGAUCGCCAACACACGCUCGUGAAUCAGUGCUUAUGGCAGGCUGCCGCGCGUAUUACGACGGUGAAGAGUACAGGGCCGCGUGUUCCACCGAGGCGUUCUUUCCACCAUCUGCAAAGGCUGUCCAUCGUUCGACUGGCGCUGUAUACAACGAAAAUAGUUAUUGCGACGGCGUGUGCCUCCCGGGUGCCCCAUCGCCAGAAGUUUGUGACAGUUCCCCUGAACCCUCUCGGAGCUAUUUCGACGGUGAGUGCAUCACGAUUGCCUCGUCACCAGACGUCCGCGACAGUUCCCCUGAGCUCCCUCGAGAAGCUGAUUUGAACUUUUCGGCCUAUGAACUUGAAAAUGAACAACUGGUUGAGAACGCAACCGAAUGCAUUCAGAUUCUGGAUAACAAACCAGAAGAAGGCGAAACCCUAAACAUUGUGGUUGCAGCUGAAGACUGCCGUCAGGCAUCGUUAUCACGUACUUCUGAGCCACUUAUAAUCGCAAGAGAUCAUAUGGAAGAAGGGCACACAGGCACGUAUUGUUCUGAAACAACCUUCCCAACACCAGUAAGUGAUAGCCAUUGUUCGGUCGAAUGUUCAAAAGAGAUAGAUGACGACGAUGGGGCAGGUAGUGCGGGUACCUCGUUGCUGGGAGUACGCUAUGGUUACGCUGGGCGCUUUCAUGAAAUUCAUUCAAAGACCAAUCAGCUUGAAUUUGAGCCAAGUAUCGAGAACAUAUCCCAAGACACUGGUGCUACCGAACACGGAUUUCGAGACUGCGAAGCUCCAAAUGCUGCGAUAGGAUAUGAAGGCCACGAUCAGUCAUUACCGCAGAAGUCCCAGCAUAUCCAAGCCGCCCAAUCGCACAAUGACGGGGAGAAGAAGUACGGAGACGCGUGCUCCACAGUGACGGUCUCUUCAGCGCCUACAAGGUCUCGUGAUUGUGCGGCGAAAAGUUUAGAGAGUGAAGUAGAACACUACCAUGGUACAGGCUACGUUGGAGUCUCGUUGCUAGGGACUCAUGACAGUCGUACUGAGUUUUCUCGUCGAGCUGAUUCAAACUGCGCGGCUAAUCAAGCUGAAUACGAUCCUAAGAUUCAAGACGUUCUCGUUACGGAAGACGCAUCUCAACACUAUGACACACUAAGCCCUGUGAUUCAAACUAUGCCAUCUCCUAAACACAGUCCUGAAUCGCUGCCGGUUUCCUGGGCGCGAAUAGGAGCUGACGCUUCCGAGGAUGGUGUUUCACAUGACACGGUGCGGGUCAUUAUUGAUGAUACUGAAUCGAGUGAAGCGGAGAGAAUUUGUGAGAAUACCUCAGCUUCAGUCCUGGCUUUUUCAGUGCCAACAGCUCGUGACAUCUGCUCAGAGAUUUCUCGCGAAGCUUAUUCGAUGUCCUCAGCUGAUGGAACUGCAUACAACCAAGAGAAUAAAGAGAAAUAUGAAGUCGUUCUCAUUGCGGAAGACACGUCUCAAGAUAAGGAAACACCGAGUACAGCGAUGCCAACACAAAGUGUGUUAUCACCUAAAUGUGAUCCUGAAUCGCUACUUGUUGCAUGCAUUCAAGCACGGCGCAAUGUCUCCGAAGAUGAUGUUUCACAUGACACGAUGGCGAUCACGAUUGGUGAUACUGAAUUUAGUGACGCGAAGAGUGUUGACAAGAAUGACUUAUCUUCUGCCAUGCUUUCUUCAUUGUCAGAAGCUCGUGACACCUGUACUCAAAUGCUUCAUCAAGUUUAUUCUCGCUCUUCGGCUGAUCAAUACGACCCACAGAUCAAAGAGGCAGAUUAUGUCGUUAUCGUUACGGAAGACACGUCUCAAUACGACGAUACACUGAGCACUGCGAUUCGAAAUCAAAGUGUAUUACCACCUCAACUUAAUCCUGAAUCGCUACUUGUUGCGUGCACUCAAGUACAGCGUGAUGUCUCCGAGGAUGAUGUUUCACAUGGCACGAUGACGGUCACGCCUAAUGAUGCUGAAUUCAGUGGAGCUAAGAGCACCCGUGAGAAUGACUUACCUUCUGCCCUGCCUUCAGUAUCAGCAGUUGAUUCGAACUUCUCGACUGAUCAAGGAAUUGAAGAGGCAAUUGAAGUCCUCGUUACGGAAGACACAUCUCAAGACAAUGAUACACUGAACUCUGCGAUCCGAAAGCAAGAUAUACCAUCACCUGAACAAAAUGUGGAAUCGUUGCUUGCAUAUACGCGGACACCACUUGACGUCUCCGAAGAUGAUGUUUCACAUGACGCGAUGCCUUUCAUGGCUAAUGAUACUGACUCCUGUGAAGCUAAUAGCACUUUGGAGAAUAACUUAUCUUCAGCCCUGCCUUCUUCAUCGACAGUAGUUUGCGACAGCAGCAUAGAGAUUUUUCAAAGAGCUAAUUCCAACCAUUCGGCUAAUCUAGCUGAAUACGACCCACACAUAAAAGAGGCAGAUGGAGUCGUUCUCAUUACAGAAGACAACUCGCAAGACAAUGAUACACUGAGCACUGCUAUUCGAAAUCAAAAUGUCUCAUCGCCUAAACAUAAAACUGAAUCGUUACUCGUUGCGUGUACUCAAGCUCAGCGUGACGUCUCCGAGGAUGAUAUUGCGCGAGAAACGAUGCCAGUCACGGUAGGUGAUACCGAAUCAAGUGCAUCAAAGAGCACUAGUGAGAACAACCUACGCUCCAACCUGUCUUGCCCUGAAGAUCUUAGAGACGCUCCAAAACCUUACGAUGAAGACUUGUUCAAGACAGUGAUCCGUGAAUCGCUAGCUCAUCAUAUCGCCUUAAAGGCCACUCCACAGAACUCGAAGUCUGAGCUAUCGCCUGCAGCGUUGCCACCUGAGCCAGUAAAGCAGCUCGCCAUGGACAUCCUCAAAUGCAUCAAUGCAACGUCCUUUUUGCCAAUCUAUGAUUACUGUCCUCCUUCUGGCAGCAAUUCCGUAACCUCACGUGCAUCGUCACCGCCAUCGUUAGCGUUGCUCAGCGAAGGCGAGAUCUCCUCUGAUAACGAGAGCGAAAAUGUUCUUCCUUUGUCCGUCCUUCCCAAAGCAGCAGUAAGUGAAGGCGAGAAUGUAGACUCUGAGUACGAACCAGAAGCUUUCCUUCCUGUAUCACCCAUAUCAGUGUCCACAAUCAGCGAAGGUGAGACAGCCGACUCUGUAAGUGAUGAGUCGACUGCGUCACCAUUUCUUUCAUCGGAAUUGCACGAAGCUGAGAAAUUUGGGUCCGAGGAUACAUCAACGGUGAGCGAAAGUACGAGCAGUGACACCGAAGACGAAAGCACAACUUCCUGUUCUUCGUCGUCCUCUACACGAUCCUAUUCUUCAUCGACUUCUACGCAAUCUGCAUCUGAUUCUGAAGAUAGCACCGAGAGUAGCCUCUCUUCAUCACCACUUUCAGAGCCACCGAGAGACGAAAUUCUAGAAGCCCAGACUGUGAAAGAAGCGCAUGUCAGCGAAGAGAAGACAGUUGGCACUGAAGUCGCCGCGGCAUCUGUGCAUUCUGAGCCCUGUUACACACAACUUGCAUCUUCCGGAACUGACCGACCUUGACCAUCAAGAUAACAAAGAAAAUGUAAUUUCUACAUCCUUGGCUUCCGUACCGGCGUUAAAAGAGGACAAGGAAGAUGGUCGUGAGUAUGACACCGACAUUAUGAUUCCCUUGCUGUUGCCAAUAUUCCUGACUACGCCAAGCAGUAUGCAUUCUGAGCCGUGUUAUACGCUACCUGCAUCAUCCGGAACUGACCUACCCGACCGUCAACAAAACCGAGAAAAUGGCUUUCCU